CGAGUCCCGGGCCAGCCAGGCUGAGAGCCGGCCGCAGGGCGGGAGGUGAGCUCGGAGAGGGACCGCGGCGGCGCGGCGAGGCGCAGUCCGUCCACUCUCGGUAGGGAACGGCGACUUGGUGAAGAUGGCGGGCCCGGAGCUGCUGCUCGAUUCCAACAUCCGCCUCUGGGUGGUCCUGCCCAUCGUGAUCAUCACAUUUUUCGUGGGUAUGAUCCGCCACUACGUGUCCAUCCUGCUGCAGAGCGACAAGAAGCUCACCCAGGAACAAGUGUCCGACAGUCAAGUCCUCAUUCGAAGCAGAGUCCUCAGGGAAAAUGGAAAAUACAUUCCCAAACAGUCCUUCUUGACACGAAAAUAUUAUUUCAACAACCCAGAGGAUGGAUUUUUCAAAAAAACUAAAAGGAAGGUAGUUUCCCCCUCUCCUAUGACGGAUCCCACCAUGCUCACAGACAUGAUGAAGGGGAACGUGACCAACGUGCUCCCAAUGAUCCUGAUCGGGGGCUGGAUCAACGUGACUUUCUCAGGAUUCGUCACGACCAAGGUCCCGUUCCCACUGACCCUGCGUUUUAAGCCCAUGCUCCAGCAGGGGAUCGAACUUCUUACAUUAGAUGCAUCUUGGGUGAGCUCUGCAUCCUGGUACUUCCUCAAUGUGUUUGGGCUUCGAAGCAUUUACUCUCUGAUACUGGGCCAGGAUAACGCUGCAGACCAGUCUCGAAUGAUGCAGGAGCAGAUGACCGGCGCAGCCAUGGCCAUGCCCGCGGACACCAACAAGGCUUUCAAGACAGAGUGGGAAGCUCUGGAGCUGACGGACCACCAGUGGGCACUGGAUGAUGUGGAAGAGGAGCUCAUGGCUAAAGACCUCCACUUCGAAGGCAUGUUCAAGAAGGAACUGCACACCUCCCUCUUUUGAAGCAGGGCUCAGCCGCGCGCGCACGCGGAGCACUGCUUCCCCUGUCACUUUGGUGUGAGCCGAGGGAGCCCCAGAAUAAAAAGGAGGAGCGUGAGCUGGCGGGCGUGCAGCAGGGUCAUUCUUGUCUGAGCCAGGCCCCGUGUGCUUGGCACUAGAGGGCAGGAGAAGCACGUGCCGAGCAGAGAGCAGUCGUUACGUGCUUCGCCUUUCCCUCUGGGGGCUCCAGGAAUGGAGUCCAAGAAAGGGGCACACCCAAGCAGGAGAUCCUAUAGUGGUAGUCAAAAGUUGGCACAAAUUCCAUGUUUGAAAAAAGCAUUGUCCAUAUUCUAAGUCUUUAGCCUGUGCAGUGAGCCCGGCUUCUAACCACGGGAAACUCCCUUUUUCUAGGGACCCAAGCACUCUGGUUUAACCAUUAAUUGUGAGUGUGUAUGUGUGUGUGAGUAUUUUAUAACUUUCCUUACAGAAGUAGUGCGUCUGUGAUGCCGCAAGGUGAAAAACUAGGUGAGCAAACUGCAUCUCCCUCCCUGUGCUGUUCACCCUCCACCCACAGGAUGAGAGAGCAAGAGAGUCAGCAUUUCACUCAAAUAAACCCCAGGCCGGGACAGACUUGGCAAACUGCCUCCAUCUCUGAAUACGCUGUCCAGAGAAAGUUCCCCAACUUUCCCAGAGACACUGCCAGGCUCUCAGAGCCUGUGGGAUAUCACAGCCCGGUCACGCAAUGCAGAGUCAUGAUCCGUAGUACAGAAUGUAUGUGGCCACGAAAACCAUGUCCACAGCUCUGUGAAGUCAGACCCCAGUUCUCAGCUGUGGAUAAGAGGGUCUGCACAGCCUGGCGAGACUGGGGAGGGGGCAGUUGCUGGCUGGCAGAUAGGGUUUCCCGGGAAUGAUUGUACCACGAGGUAAAUGUAAUUUGCAUAUUGAGCUCUGUAAUCAAGAACAAAUGACUCUUAACUCUACUGAUUAAACCGUCCUGUUUCUCCUCUU